CCAAGUCGUGUCGCGAAAGCCUGAAAUGGCUAGAAUGCGCUGCGCCCGGUCUCCGGUUCAAUCUCUCCCCUCCCGCCUCGCGGGAUUAAUAACGACGAGAAGUUGCCGGUGGUGAGUGUUUCGUGACUUCGUGUGCAUGCUCGCGUGCUGACUGCUGACAUGGCGACGUCGGCGGGCGCGCUCACAUGAGCCCCGAGACCCCCGUCGCAAGGGCCGUCGUCUAUCGAUUAUCCUGUCGCCGUUUGUCGCUGGGCCGUCGACGAGCGGCGGAUGAAGAGGAAACGUAGCGUGUGGCCCGGAGUCGCGCGGAGUCGCUCGCUCGUGAAAGGUCGGCGAUGUCGCGCCGCGGUGCGGUUUAACCUGUCCGCAAACACCCUGUCCUGUGUUUGACGUAAAUUCCCAGUAGCGGCGAUGGACACGGACGAAGUUCUGUGCAGGAUCUUCGGCACGAGCCUGCUCUCCGCCGAACGUACCGCCGCCGGUAGAUCCAAGGAUGAUCAUCUUGGACGAUCCAGAUCAUUUCAGAACUUGACUUGGGUGAACGAGCACAUCAGAAAAUCCCUGUUGAAUCUGUACAUCGAUACGUGGAACUCCGAAGACAAUAGAGAGGGUCGUAUAGGUCCUCAUUUCGUUAAAUUUGACGUAUCUGCGCAUCAUGGUCUUUGCAUCGUAUCACCUGAUCGGCUGAGCGUCAAUUCGCAGAGUAGCUUUAGCACAAUACGAGCCAAUACGGGAAUAUUCAAGGGGAAGUGGAUGUACGAAGUGCAACUUGGAUCCAAAGGGGUGAUGCAAGUGGGAUGGGGCACCGCUCAAUGUAAAUUUAAUCAACAGUAUGGCGUCGGAGACACCCCAAACUCGUACGCUUAUGACGGAAAUCGUGUGCGGAAGUGGAAUGUGAGCACCCACAAGUACGGCGAGGCCUGGUUAACGGGAGACAUCAUCGGCUGCGCGCUGGACAUGGACGACGGAACGAUAGAUUUCUAUAGAAACGGCAGAAGUUUGGGCAGAGCGUUCGAAAAUAUACCGAUGGGCGCCGGGAUCGCGUACUUUCCUACCGUUAGCCUGGCCUUCACUGAGAAUCUAACGGCCAACUUCGGCUCCAUACCAUUUAGAUAUCCCGUGGAGGAUUACGAGCCCCUGCAGGCGCCGCCGAUGGCGAAGGUUCGCCAAGCCUUGCUCCUCUUUCAGUGGCUCUCGCAAGUACUCGAGCUGCUGGAAUACUCUAAAAAAGUUGAUAAGCAGAAUGUUCUGUCGGACGAUAAGACUAUGAGCGCCCACGCGUUCCUCAUGUGCCUAGCGAGGUCCAUUCUGAAGCACAUUGGCCCCCUGCUCACCGUUUCUUAUGUCACCGAGACGGUUUUCGUGCCGUUUAUGCAAACACUCUGCAAUCUGAGCGCCGACGACUCCGCGACGACGAAAUCCGCUUACUCGAAUAUUCGUAGCACGCGAUCGAUUGUCUGCCUAGAUCUACUGUGGAUGUUUCUGGAAGAGCACGAGAUCAAGAUGUGCUUGGAGAGCACGGUGCUUCAUUUACUAUCCGCCUUUCGGCACGUUUCUUUGCUACUCGAGUACCCGGAUCAGUGCAAGAGCCUGAUGCUGCUGACCAAGAUCUGUCAGCAUACCGUCACACGGCAGUAUUUUCUGCAAAACCUGCUGUUCGAUCGCGUGCGUUUUGCCAACUUUGUGCACGUGAAACCACUUGACGAGGGCGGAUUGACGGACGUAGUGGAGAAGGUCUGGUGGGAGACGAAUCCUAUGGAUCCGUCGAUCGAAGCGAACAAGACCAAUUAUCUGUACGCCUGUGAGCGCAUCAAAACUGCCAUAUCCGAGGUAGAAGCGUUACAAGUCGAAUUACUAGUCACAUUGUUAAAUAAUACUGAUGGAACAGCCAAGAGGCCGACGUCAAGGACUAUCUUUUUGAAAAAGUUCAAACGUUUCGUUCAAGAGAAUCUAAUAUCCAGUCGCACACCCCUGCCGAUCACAUUAUGUUGCUUUCACCGACUUCUGGUUGCAUUCAGAAUUUUAUGGGACACUGAAAUUGGGACAAGCCCUGUCUAUAUACCCUGCAGGGCGUUCUACGAUGCAUCGAUCAAUUACUCUGGAAUCGACAGACUUGGUGGCGUAAUAACCCACUUAAACAAGACAUUCAAGAACGAAUUGCUACGACUCCUAGGUCCGGAUCAUGAGGUAAUCGUUACUAUGGAACAGCAGCAACAGCAGCAGCAGCAGCAGCAGCAGCAGCGUACAACGGCGACGAAUGAAGCAUCAAAUAAUGCUUAUGCCGCUGCCGUGGUCGGUACGGCCGUAAGACCACUAGUCGACUUGCCCGUAGCUAUACCCGCGAUAUACCCUCGCUUAUUGAAUAUCAACCCGUCGACGGCGUCGGCGGGCCAAGGUAGUUCUAUACUGGAGAGAUUUGGAUUUUUCUCGCAUACCAGAGAAGAUAGAACUCCAAUACGUCACGGUCCUGCAGACCCGACGAUUUCGUUGAUGGAAUUGUUAGACGGUAUCAUCUUAUUCUACCACGUAGCGGCGAAGAAGCAAUUGGCCAAGGUAGCCGGUCUACGCGACAGUAUGUCCGCGUACGUUAACGCGAUCGCCGAUACCAAGGCGAGGCUCGAGCAUGUCGAGCGGGAGACAGUCUCGGGGAAGAGUUCUCCCGACGCGAAGGCGAUACAGAGAGAGCUGCUCCGCACGACGGACAUAUUCAGUAAGAAACUGUCGGAGCAAGCGAGACACAUGGCGUGGAUCAGGGCUGCCGUAUAUUCGGAGGAGAAGCAAGCGCAGCUGGCCUGGCUGCUGAAGGUGGUCACGCUGACCCUGCAGACCGCCAGCCAGCAGGGCAACAUGUUCAGCUUCGUGCCCGAUUUCUAUCUGGAGGCGCUGUCCGAUCUGAGCGUAAGCCUGCGCGCCCACAUGCAUCCCACCGCGCCGAUCGAGAAUAUCCCGGACUACCGUACGAUGCUGUGCAACGCCGCCGAGUUCCUGUGCGAUCACUUUCUCGAUCCGCGCAUAGUGCACGCCAAUUCCAAGGACGUGCUGAUACUCACGCUCGCCGGCUUUGUGUCAAAUCCACUGAUGCUGGAGGCACUGGAGAACGUGCCACGCGAGAGCAGGAUAAGGAUCGUCACGAGUUUGUUGAAACCGUACGAGAAUCGGGCGUGGGCGCAGUCUAAUUGGGUUCUGCUACGAUUUUGGCAGGGCAACGGCUUUGCUUUUCGAUAUGAAAAGAGCCCGCAUCUCUCGAAGGUCGGCACAAAGCAGCAGGAAUCUCUCUAUCAAUUCAUAAAACCGUGUCCAUCGGUAAUAUAUCAAGCGCACGUGAGGGACGUGUUGUUGGGCAAUCCGCAGGUGACCACGCAAUUCUUGAACUCGCUAUUGAAUCAAUUGAAUUGGGCAUUCUCCGAAUUCAUCGGCAUGGUGCAGGAGAUUCACAAUGUGUCGUCGAGGCCGGAACGUGUGUUUAUCGAGUCGAGACAAUUGAAGAUCUGCGCCACUUGCUUCGACCUGGCUAUCUCGUUGCUUCGGGUAUUAGAGAUGAUCUCCACGGUGGCUCGGGACGUCUUCAGUGAUCCCACGCACUCUUCCAGCGAAAUCUUACUGGCCAGAUUGAGUCAAUUACUCUGCCAAGUGUUGAACAGGAUGAGCUCGCAAACCAACUGUUUUCAACACGUGAUGCUGCUGGAAAUACCAGAUUUAGAGUCUAUAGAUCACUUUCCUAUAUUAGCUGCCGUAAUCGGUAUUUUGUUGGCUCUUCUCGAGAAAGAGAUGAAGGAUUUCGCUGCAAAAUCGACGAUUGAAGUACCCAGAAUUACACGAAGUUUAUUGACAGAACCGAGCUUCCAGAUCAGUUCUUUGCAUUUUGUUUUGGGUGAUACAAAAUUGAAAAAUACAAAGACAAAAAAUGUAAAACCAUUCUCGUUGUUGAACUAUGAGGAAGAUGUAACGGCAGAGGAAAUUAACCGAGUAAAGCAGAUGAUAACAUAUCUCGACACUUGUCAUACGUUUUUACCCGAUACCAAAUUGAUAAGUGAUGACGACAACGCUUGUACAAUUUGUUACGCGUUUCCAAUUGCCGCUGUAUUUAAGCCGUGCAACCAUCAAACGUGUCGCACCUGCAUAGAUCGCCAUCUGCUCAACACUAGGGAAUGUUUCUUUUGUAAAACGUUGAUAGACAAGGUCGAAGAUCUAAGUGGGAACACGUUGCAUGAUUUUACUAGCGAAUUCCCAAUUUCGAGGGCGACUUCUUGAUCCCGUGACAAGAUUGUUUCGUUUAAAUUGCAUAUACUGUAUUAAAGAUUUGUUGAACUUUUGCGUUAUGCGUCGAGAGCACCGAGUUCUGACAAAACUGCCGCAUAUAAUUUUAAUUGUAUAAUAAAGAAUUCUUUUCUAUGAGAGGAAAAGAGAAAGAUUGAGAAAAAACUAGGAUAAAUUGAGAGUAACAGAGAGAUUGUAUAAAGUAUCACGAAGAGUUCGUUUUUAUUUACAUUUACAAAUAUAAUAAACCUAUAAUAUUAUUGAGCACGUCUCGGCGAUGGAAGACAUCAAAAGUGUAAAAGAAUUCAGCUUCACACAGUUAUUAUGCACGAAUGAGUUAAUCGGUAAAAUUCUUACUGAUAAAAAAAUUGUAUAUGUAUCAGUCUUUUUCUGACGCCUUAACUAUCUCUUUCUAUCUUAACACUAAUGAAAGGUGAACAACAUGGUCGGAUUGCAAAUCAGCUUUCCCAGUCUCUUCGAAUUACGUUAUACGUGAGAUCUGUAGAGAGCAUGGCACGCCGUUAACAGAUUGUUAUCGAUGAUAAUAAAUCUUUAAGUUUCUCA